AAUGGAGCGUAUCAACGCACAUCGCGAGGCAUAUACGGGAGCCAUCUCGCCCUGUCCUGUCUGGGCGUCUUCCUGACCACAGGACCACUGUGCCAUCAAUCGAACAUAUCCCAUCAGACAGUACAGCAUCUGCCACAAAUCCGCCUUCAUCACCGACGACAGCAACCUAAGUUGCCUUCGAUGUCUUCCGAUGCGAACGCGGCUCCGCUUUCUAUGACGCCGCCUCACGCACCGGCAGCUCACGACAAGCCGAGAACCGCCAGUCAUCGUCGUGGGAGCGGAAAAGACCUUCGACGCGCGGGAUGAUGCCACAGCGACACGAUCUCCAAACCUGUACAACCCCUGUUCCGGCCCCCCCACCAACAAUCGACCAAGCAGUCAGCACAUCGAAACCGGGGUCCCGCACCUGCGACUUCGACUUCAGCGAGCCAGCACUCGCACUGCACGAUCAGAUGGAGCGCGCCCGCCCCGGACACCCACCACCGCGGCUUACGAGCCGGAAGCCACGACGUCCUGGGAAUGGCGCAACAAGCCGUACUCUCCCUCUCCGCCGGCAUCCCUUCCUCGUCUCCGCGGUAUUGGGCUCGGAUGCGCGCCCUGUCCGACGGGAAACCGUGGUGAUCCGGUGGGAACUCCCCUCCAACACGGACGUUGCGGUACGCUCGGGAGCUCGAAAGCGUACCACCCUCCAUCUCCACCCGAGUCAUAACAACCUUCAGCACCCUCUUCUUCCUCCUCGGCCUCCCCGCCUCGCAAACGCUCAUUCGCUGGAGAUUUAUGCAUCCGCACACCUACGCCCUAGCCCUAGCGCUCCCCAGCGGGCGGGGCCUACGAAACCCUCCUCAACCUCCACACCCCCACCACACCUUCAACCGCGCAAACCCUCUUCUGCACGCUGCUGCACGAAAUGCCGCACCGCCUAAUUUCCGGGACGGGACGGAUAUCGUGCCGCGUGCGGGAUUAGAUCUGUGUUGGAGGUUGUCCGGCGAGAAUUUGGGAGGAGCGACGGGGCCAUGGACGGGCGUGGCAGGUGUUGAUGAAGGUUACCGGAAGCCAGCUGGAGAAGUCGUUGGGCGUGAGGGGAAGGUUGGGAAGGGAGCAGUGUUGUGUGGUCGAGCUUAGGAGUCGGAGUGGGAGAGGUCCGUGGGCGGAGGCGGA